AUGGAGUCCAAGUGUCCCGUUGACCAUGGCGCUGGGACUACCUCUGCGCCAGAAAAAUCCACAGAGUCGGCCUGCCCAGUAGACCACUCAUCCCCAUCUUCUCCGUGGAGUCGCUUUCUUCCUUCCCGCCCGCCGUCUUCGCAGAACCAUCCGGCUGCCCUAUCGAAUGACCGCGAAACGUCCUCAAUACCAAGGGCAUCGGACAGUGGCAACUGGGUGUACCCGUCCGAGGCACAAUUCUUUAGUGCCAUGGCUCGCAAAAACCAUAACCCUCAAGCAACUGACAUGAAGACGAUUGUACCCAUACAUAACGCCGUAAAUGAGCGUGCUUGGUCAGAGGUGCUCAAGUGGGAGGCGGGCCGGGGGAGCGACAAAUGCGGGGGUUUGAAGUUGAUCAACUUCAAGGGCAAGCCUGGGGAGCGAAGUAUCAAAGCCAGGUGGAAGACAUUACUUGGAUAUUCUCCACCGUUCGACCGACACGACUGGGUCGUAGACCGAUGCGGGACAAAAAUGCGAUAUAUCAUUGAUUUCUAUACCGGUCAUACCGCAGGUCCAGCUUCCAAUAAUGUGUCGUUUUACCUCGAUGUCCGCCCUGCAAUGGAUAAUUGGGAAGGGGUUAAGAUGCGGAUGGAACACUUCUGGAGUCGCAUCUUUUCCUAG